UUAAUCACGUAAAAAAAUAGUGCUGUUACAGAAAACUUCCGUUUAUGCCUCAUUAACAUGUUAACUUUGACAGCCCUAAUUAAAAUGAUUUUAUUUGUAUGAGGUGAUGGUGAUAGUGAUGAGGUGAUGAGCGACUUCUAGAACAGCCAAUAGCUACUUUUCUUACUGAGGAAUUGGCAACAGUGGAUGCUGCGCCUGUCUCCACACUGUGCAUGCGCGGUCUCUCCAGGACCCUGCACGGAGGAGGGAAAAAAUGGCCCUCGACAAUUUAAUUUUCGCCCAAUGCAUUCUCUAUUUUUUGUCCUUUGUGUUCGGUUUCAUCGCCGUGGUGCCGCUGUCCGAAAACACGGAGGAUUUUGGGGGGAAAUGUCUGCUGUUCACGCGUGGGAUGUGGCAGAAUGAGAACAUCACCGUGUCGAAGCAGCGAUUCAUCGUGGAGGAGUGGGGACCCGAGUCGUCCUGCAGCUUCAUCACUUUUGUCGGGAUAGCCUCCCUCAUCUUGUCCGCAGUGCAGGCUUGGAGGCUGCUCUUCUUCCUGUGCAAAGGACACGACGACUCCAUCUUCAAUGCCUUCCUCAACCUGCUGAUCAGCUCCCUGGUGGUCUUCACCGUCUUCCUGUCCAGCACCAUGGUCAGUGUGGGCUUCAACCUGUGGUGCGACUCCAUCACAGAGGGAGGCAACAUGCCCAGCAGUUGCGAGGACCUGCAGGACACUGAUCUAGAGCUGGGUGUGAACAAUUCCGCUUUCUAUGACCAGUUUGCUAUAGCUCAGUUUGGCUUGUGGGCUGCAUGGCUCACCUGGCUGGGGAUCGCUGUGCUGGCCUUCCUCAAGGUCUACCACAACUACAGGCAAGAAGACCUGCUGGACAGUCUCAUCCACGAAAAGGACCUGCUGCUGGGACGCUCUUCGUCUCGUCACGGCUCUGACCUCAAAACCGGCCUCAUCUAGAAAGCAAAGGAUGCACACAUACACGCAUACUCACACAUGCACCACACCGUCUUCUUGCCUGCCAUGAGAAACAGCACCGUUUCCCUCUGUAGACAAUCAAAAUCAAUUGGCUUCUGCUCCCGUUGUGCACAGAUAGAGUCCAAGUGAAGGCUUUAACUUUGUUCUCCAUUGCCGAUUGAUUUCCCCUCAAAAAACACCAAUAGUUGUUCAUUCACCCAUUAAAGCUCUUUAAUGCCAACAACUCCCUGCUGUUCAGAAAGGCCGUGUUAUCGGCUUGGACGCUUUGUUGGAUCGUGUGUUUGUGAACCUUAUGCAUGAGACCAAAUGCAUGACGAGCUAAAAAUAAUAAGGUGUUUUUUAGAUGUGAGGGGACCAUAUAUAAAUCUUGUUUUUAUACACCAAUAAAUGUAUUCCGAGGGUAGACUUUUCUUCUUCACCCUGCAUGCUGCAGCAUACCUAAUAAAACAACAUGUGCUUUUGUGUACCCAGACUAUAAACAAAUAUUCACUGUGCUUCUGCAGCCAGCCACAAUCUACUAUUAGCAACUUGUAUCUCAUAGUACCUCAGGCUUAUAAAUAUAUUAGGGCUGUCAAAAAUAGCACAUUAAUGGCGAUAACUAAUUUAUUCAAUUAAUCACAUUAAAAUUUUUUGUGUAAUUAACGCAUGCGCACCAUGUCAACCCGCUGUCCUGUCAUUUAUCUUUUUUUGUUAAAAAAAAAUACAGUAAAAAGGGAAUCUUUCACACAUAGUUGCAAAUGCUGAUUAAUCAUGAUUAAUUUUGUAAACUAAUUUGAUUAAAAUUUGGAAUCAUUUGACAGCCCUGAUAUAUAUGUAUAGACUGUAUUUCACUUUAAAUACUUAUAGUGUAUACCAUAAAAGAUGUGGAAAAGUCAUCAGAGGUCAAGUCUCUUCCUACUUGUUAACAGUUUUAUUCAAAACAAUCGAAAUCAUAAAAAAAAACAAAA